AAGUCAUAAACUAUAACAGCAAGCGGUGCUCGACUGCUCGUCUGAAUCUGGAUGCCUUCCAGUGCUCUCCUCGCUGUUAUCUUGCAGCAAUGUCAGUAGUGCAGUAGUAUUCUUAGUGACAACUGGACGCAGUAUCAAAUGCGCGUGCCUGGUCUACUCCGAGCUUAACUCUGAGGCCAAAGGAAAAUGAGAAGCAGCAGCUAGACUGUCGCCGCCCACGUCCCAUGCACAUCAGCAAACGCGAGAGCGGCAUCGAAGGACGGUUGGGUUGGCCGUAGCUGCCUGAAACGGGGCUUCCGUGGCGAAUCCGGGCUGCCUUGGUGUCUUGGGUUGCAAGGGAAGGUGACGUGACCCGCCGCCUAUCCCUCCGCCUUCUGCCCCAACAACCAUGGAUGGCGCCAAGGCUCACGGUCCCGCACCGCCCGCACGCCCACGGCCGCCUCUGACGGACGAGUCAUUAGAACCUUCCGUCUUUGCUCCUGGUCGAUCUUUACUCGCUGAAUCUGGAUGCGGCCUGCAGAUGGCGUCCUCUGCUGGUAAUGGCAAGGAGAUGGCCGCGCUCGAGUCCGGCCAUGGGUCGUCCUCCUCCUCCUCCUCGUCGCCGGCCGCUGCUGCCAAGAUGACGGCGGUGGCGGGGAAACCGCGCCCCUUCACCUGGACAGGGCCUGCCAUUGUUAUGGGCUUCGAGUUGCUGGAGAGCAUCGCCUUCUCCGGCGUUGCGCUGAACCUGGUCAUCUACCUGGGCACCGUGCUCCAUGGCACCACCGCCUUCAACGCCGCCCACGUCGACACCUGGAACGGCACCACCUUCAUCGUCCCCGUCCUCGGCGCCUUCCUCGCCGACAGCUGCUGGGGCAAGUACAACACCAUCGUCGUCUCGCUCCUCUUCUACCUCGCCGGCCUCGUGCUGCUCACCCUGUCCGCGGCGAUCUCGCCCUUCCGGCCGUCGUCGUGCCAGGGGCUCUCGUGCCCGCCGGCCUCACGGACCCAGUUCUCCGUCUUCUUCGCGGCGCUGUACUUGACCUCCAUCGGCACGGGGGGCGUCAAGUCGGCGCUGCUCCCGUUCGGGGCGGAGCAGUACGACGACAGCAGCCCGGAGGAGAGCCGGAGGAAGCAGUCCUUCUUCACCUGGUUCUUCGGCGCCAUCAACCUCGGCAUCUUCGUGGCCGGGACGCUCGUGUCCUGGCUGCAGCAGAACGUGUCCUGGGCGCUCGGCUUCGGCGUCUCCGCGCUCUGCCUGCUCCUGGCGGCCGCGGGCUUCCUGGCCGGCACGCCCUGGUACAGGGUGCAGCUCCCCGCCGGCAGCCCGCUCAGGGACAUCCUCAGGGUGGUGGUGGCGUCCGUCAAGAAGAGGAAGACCAGGCUGCCUGCAGCCGCGGGUCAAGGUGACCUUGGCCUGCACGAGGUGGCGGAAGACGACGACCUGCAGAAGCUGGCGCACACCAAGGGGCUCAGGUGCCUGGACAAGGCCGCGGCGAAGGGCGGCGACGGCCGCGAAGGCCCGUGGAAUCUGUGCACGGUGAGCGAGGUGGAGGCCGUCAAGAUCCUGGCGCGCAUGGUGCCCAUCUGGGUGACGUGCGUGCUCUACGCGGCGUCCCUGGGGCAGAUGACCACCACCUUCAUCCAGCAGGGGAUGACCAUGGACAACAAGCUGCUCGGGAAGGUGAAGGUGCCGGUGGCGUCGAUGGUGUCGAUCGAGGUGGUGUUCAUGCUGCUGUGGGUGCUUCUGCACGACGCCGUCAUCAUGCCGCUCGCCAGGAGAUGGGGCCGAGCCGGGAGCGCCGGGCUGUCCCAGCUCCAGCGGAUGGGCGUGGGGAGGGUCCUGGUGGUUCUGGCGAUGGCGACGGCGGCGCUGGUGGAGAGCCGGCGGCUGCACGUGGCCGGCGCGGGCAGGAAGAUGGGCAUCGCGUGGCAGGUGCCGCAGUUCGUGCUGGUGGCCGGGUCGGACGUGUUCUGCGGGAUCGCGCAGCUGGAGUUCUUCUACGGGGAGGCGCCGGCGUCGAUGCGCAGCAUCUGCUCCGCCUUCUCCUUCCUCGCGCUGUCGCUGGGGUUCUACGUCAACUCGGUGGUGGUGACCGCGGUGGCGGCGCUGAGGCCCGGGUGGCUGGCGCGCGACCUCAACGAGGGGCACCUGGACUACUACUUCUGGCUGUGGGCCGUCAUCAGCGCCGGCAACCUGCUGCUCUACCUGCUGCUUGCCGCCCGGUACACGCCCAAGCAAGUCCUCCGCCACUCGCCAUAGCCGCCGGCACCGAGUUAGCUAAUGCACUGCUCCGUACUACUGUAUGAUGAAAUGUCUGAAUGAUGAUGUAACUUGGACACAUCACGCCGUAGAAGUCUUGCCGGAUAUAACUCUUGUUUUGUACAUGUUCAGAGAGUGUCGUUAACGUUAACUAAGCUGGGAGAUAUGUAAGGGCAAUUUUAUCUUUUAGCAAAACAAUGGGUGAAUGAUUUUCA